AUGCCGAAUCUUGAUGUGUCCGAGUUCAAUAUUGUUUGUUCCGUGCUGGGCGCUUUCAUUGUUGUUUUUGGAUUGUGUUCUUACGUUGUCAAGGAACGGGCUUUCGUGAGUGAGGCUCUUGUUGCCUUGUUGAUUGGUGUUGCGUUUGGACCGAUCGGGUCGGGGUGGAUUGAGCCGGAGCGGUUUGGCGAUGGGAAUGCUGAUGUUAAGAAGAUUACCUUGGCAUUCACUCGACUCGUCAUCGGUGUUCAAUUGGUCUUGGCAGGUGUGGAGUUGCCGUCCAAGUACAUUUGGCGUGAGAGGUGGUCGUUGUUCGUGCUCUUGAUUCCCAUCAUGACUACGAUGUGGGUUAUUUCGGCACUGUUCGUGUACCUAUUGAUUCCGAACCUUCACUAUAUCGAAGCUUUGGUUAUCGCUGCGUGCGUCACCCCAACGGACCCUAUCUUGGCAAACUCGAUCGUUCGUGGUCGCUUUGCCGAAAAGUAUGUCGCCCCCCACCUCCGUAACAUCAUCUCCGCCGAGUCCGGUGCCAACGACGGUUUCGGCUACCCCUUCCUCUUCCUCGCCACGUACCUCAUCAAGUAUGACUCCGGCAAGGCAAUCGGCAUGUGGUUCUACGAAACUUGGUGCUACAACAUUUUGUUGUCCUGCGCAUAUGGUACCGUAAUCGGAUGGCUCGCAAAGGAAGUGCUUCAUUUUAGUGAGAAAAAUGUAUGGCUCAAGCUAAUCAAGUCCUCUGCUGGGGGGAGUAGGAAGUAUAUCGACAAGGAGUCAUUUCUUGUGUUUGCCAUCGCGCUUGCGUUGUUUACGUUUGGGACGGCUGGGUUGUUCGGAACUGACGACCUUCUUGCUUGUUUCGUAGCCGGAAACGUCUUUACGUGGGAUGACUGGUUCCGUAUUGAAACAGAAAAGGAGCACCUUCAGUCGACAAUCGACAUGUUGCUCAACAUCUCGAUUUUUGUCUAUUUGGGUGCGAUCAUGCCGUGGUCCGAUUUCAACAACCAUGAAAUUGGCACAUCGGUCUGGCGCUUAAUCGUCAUGGGUAUUUGUGUUUUGAUCGCAAGACGUCUGCCCAUCGUCUUAGCUCUUUACAAGUUCAUGCCUACGACGAUCAAGAAUUUUAGGGAGGCGAUGUUUGCUGGGUUCUUCGGGCCUAUCGGCGUUGGUGCUGUAUUCUACGCAGCCAUCGCUUAUGAGCAGUUUGAAGAAUCUAAAGACGAGAGACAACAUCGUUUGGCCGAGUUGGUCAUCCCUGUCGUCUACUUCUUGGCCUUGUCGUCUAUCGUAGUGCACGGCGUCACGAUUCCAAUCAUCAAGCUUGGUCAGAGAAUCCCCAUCAGCAGUCUCGAUUUCCGAUCGAUUUCCAUCAGUCGCCCAUCAACUUCGGCACCGAAGAACGACAGCGCCUUUGCGCGCAUGAAGAUUUUCAAGCCGGCAGACGUCGAUGCUCGCCUGCAGGAAAUGAAGGAUCUUGAGGCCCGGGGAGUUCCGCCUCCUAUGUUUGAUCCCAAAGACGGCCCGGAGGAGGUUGCCCGGUCCGUUGGCUCGCAGUCUACCAACGAUGAGAGUUCUGUUGAUGCGUUCGCGGGUCGUGGACGUAGGAUCACCAUUCAGGAUCCGAGAGAUAUGGCUGCCUUGGAGGAUCAGAAUAGGAAGGAGUCUGAAGUUGCCUUUCAGGAGGGUAAUGAUAUCAUUGUGGAGGACAGAGAUGGAUUCCAUCAACGUGUCUACCAUAUGUAG